AUGAAGCUCUUAUCAGUUUUGGCUUUGGCCGUAUCAUGUGCUUCUGCACAGCGCAAGUGUGGAACUACCAACAAUAAUGCCCCACAAAAUCUCAGAUACGAGGCCACCGCAGAGCCUGCUGACAGUCUUGCGGCUCGUCAAGCUUCGAGAGCAAGAUAUACUGUCGACACUUAUGUUCAUGUCAUCACGACUCAGAACAAGAGUAGUCUGUACCCUCGUGAGAUGGUUGAGCAGCAGAUGCGAGUGAUGAACGAGGCAUAUGCUUCUGCGCGCUUUGCUUUCAAGACGAUCAGCAUCGACUAUACUGUCAAUGACGCAUGGGCUUCUGCUCUCGAUGGGCCUCUGGAAGUGGAGUACAAGACCAAGUUGAGGAAGGGAGGCUACGAUGACCUCAAUCUGUAUUUUUUGAGUGAUCUCGGGAACGGCCUUCUCGGCUUCUGCUACUUCCCCGAACCCUUCGCCUCCCCAGAGCAACGCAUCCUCGACGGCUGCGUAAACCUCGCGGGUAGCAUGCCGGGCGGCGAAACUCCUUCCUACAACCUCGGUGCAACCGCCGUUCACGAAACCGGCCACUGGCUCGGACUCUUUCACACUUUCAGUGAAGAUGGACUCGGCUGCAGCGGUCCAGGAGAUUAUGUCCUUGAUACUCCUCACCAAUUGAACGCUACUCGAGGAUGUCCUGCUGUGAAUCCUGAUACUUGCCCCCAGCGACGGGGCGUGGAUCCAAUCCAUAACUAUAUGGAUUACUCGACUGAUAUUUGCAUGUAUGAGUUUACGAGGUUGCAGAGUUUGAGGAUGAGGGUUAUGUAUGCGACAUUGAGGAGGACACAGAGAGAUAGGAAGUAG